UGGCAGGAAGGUUGGCGGAGGCAGGUGUGAGCACUGACACAAUUAGUUUGUGCGGCCACACUGUAACGUAAGCGCUGUUCUAGUCCAUAACAUGUCUGAAACUAUACCUGGAGGAAGACAACGGUCAUCCUCAGAAGGAGAUUUACUCGAUGAAGACGAAGAUGGGAUUAACUACGGCCAUCAACGCCUUUCACCGUUACAUCGCAAAGUUAGCCGAAGUGCUCACCUCAGUGGAUCCGCCGGUCGCUCAGAGUACAUUGAAAACGUUGCUGAGAGAGAAGGUAUUUCUACUUUAGAAAGGAAGAAAAAAUACAAAAGACCGUCCUUUAAGGCUAUGAAACAUUCUGUGAUGAAAAUGGUGAGACGUACAGUGAAUUCUAAUGUCCAGAACGGAUCGGAUAGCGAGAAUAGCUACAACGUUCGUGCUAUAGUCACACCGACUUUACGGCGAAAAAGUAAACACAGCGAAUCGAUGCCAGGUGAGACGAAGCAGUCAGCCCACAAGACUAAUUUUACCCGACAUGAUCACGGCAAUGAUGAUGACUUCAUUAGGUCUGGUAACAGACCUCUUCUAACACAGCGAAUAAUUAAACUAAAAGGCGGUGUAACGCCAGGUACAGUAGGACUGAGAAACCAUGGAAAUACCUGUUUUAUGAAUGCAAUUCUGCAGUGCUUAAGCCAUACUGAUGCACUCACAGAGUAUUUCAUUAGGGAACAAUACAAAGCAGACCUGGCCCACCACAACAAAAGCAAUUCUAAGAAAUUUGGAACAAAAGGAGAAGUUCUAGAACAAAUGGCUUACCUAGUCCAUAGUUUGUGGACUAACAGGUACACAUCUGAUGUUUCUAAUCACUUCAAAAAUGUUGUUGGGAAAUAUAACAAUCAGUAUCAAGGAUAUUCUCAACAUGAUGCUCAAGAGUUUUUACUGUGGCUUCUGGAUAAAAUGCAUGAGGACCUGAACACAGUGGCAAAGAAGAAGUACAAAGCAAAUAAGAACCAGUCUCCAAGGAGAGAUGAAGACUUGGCAGAAGAAGCUACAGCCUUCAGUAAGAGUUUUGUGAGUGAUUUGUUCCAGGCCUUGUACAGAUCUUCCCUCACCUGUUUGAACUGUCAGAGACAGAGUAAUACGUUUGACCCGUACCUCUGCGUCUCACUGCCACUCCCACAAAAGGUGCUCCGCCCUGUGUAUGUCACUAUCGUGUAUGCAGACGCAAGACCUAAGCAAGUGAAAAUUGGCCUGCAGUGCAAUGUGACUGACUAUGUGAAAGACUUGAGGAGAACCUUGGCUUCUGACACCAAUAUUCCAGAGUCAAGGCUGGUGCUUGCUCAGAUCUAUGAUGAUGGCUUCAGGAAUACUUAUGGAGAUCAUCAACCAUUGUCUGACAUCCCCGAGUCAGAGACCGUGUAUGCUGUGGAAAUGUUGCCCAUCAUUCACCCAGAACAGUACCAGACCUCCUUCAUCCAAAUCAUCUUUGUCAAUGUGGAGAAAAUCACCAGCCCGUCUCGAUGUUACAGGUUCUGUAGCCCUCAAGUCAUGCAAGUGCCCCGGGAUUUGAACUUCAAAGAGCUGCAGACUCAGAUAUUGAAGCACAUGGCUGAUGAUCUGGCAGAGGGAUUGCUAGCGCAGUCACAUAGGCUGAAUGUAUUGUUCCGUCUGAGAGUUGUAGACGGUAUCCCAGGGAAGUGCUAUUUGAACCCAGACGUGGAUUUGCCCCUAUACAUGGAAACAGUUGAUAGGGCACUGUCGUUUUACACCUCAAAUAAACAAGGAUAUGGCCCAGCCCAUCUGAAGCUUGUGGUGGAGUGGGAUGCAAAUAGAAAGGAGGGGUUGGUUGUGUGUGAUGAGGACAGAGUUGAAGAGCACUCGAGUGUCUACCAGGUCAGACAGGCCCAGCAGAAACCAGCAGGAGCCUCCCUCGAGGAAUGUUUCCAGCUUUACACACAAGAGGAAAAGCUAUGUGGAGAAGAUGCCUGGCUGUGUCCGUACUGUAAGAAACAACAGCAGGGAACCAUGAAGAAGUUAGGGUUGUGGUCACUGCCAGAUGUUUUUGUCGUGCAUUUGAAGAGGUUUAAGCAGGUUGGAAUGAAGAGAAAUAAGCUGAACACACUGGUGAACUUCCCGGUGACAGGGUUAAACAUGGCUCCUCAUGUUGUCCAGAGAACCAUCAACAAUAACACUAGAUACUGUGAUGAGAGUCCGUCCGGGAAGACCCCAAAUGGUCACAGGUCACCCACCAAGCAGAUGGCCUUACUGGGUGGCUCCACUGCCGAGAUUUAUGACCUGUUUGCAGUGUGUAACCACUAUGGAGAUAUGUGCGGCGGUCACUACACAGCUUUCUGUAAGAAUCCAGUGGACGAUAAGUGGUACUCCUUCGAUGACUCCAAAGUGACACCCAUGCAGGAGUCUGAGGUGGUGACCAAAGCGGCCUACCUGUUGUUUUACCAGCGGCGAAGUCAGGCCCACAACCGGAGUCAGGAGUUACAGCAAGGCAACCACUGGGUGUAUAGGCUUGAGGACCUUGUGGACCCUGCCACCCUGGGGCGCUUUGUUUCCCCACCAGGGUCACCCACCAAGUCCCGUGCCUCUGAUAAGGCCAUAUCACCAGGGUUGAGCAGAAAGAAACCCCCAAGCACCCCAUCGACGCCAAGGGCUCAGCCCCCUCCAGACUCUCCCCCCAUGCAGAGACAUUACUCCAUGCCUCCUCAGGCUCUCAGGCAGACCAGAAAUCCCACCGACACCUCACCUUCCAGCAUAAAGGAAAAUCAAAGGAGUGAACCCUGUACACCAGUUUCCCCUGUAGCUGCCAACAACAACAACAACAAAUGGUCUAAAGGAAUCCUCACCACCAAACCACCAAUAGACCCACGUAAACCUCACCUACCUCCAAACCACUCAGUCACGUUUAAUGUUGACCAGCAGUUCAGUAGUCCUGACAGACCUGUCCAGCUGUACGUCGCCUUACCUAGGGAACAUUCGUCAAGCAGACCUUUGAGCCCAGGCGUCCCACUUCUGCGCUCACCUGGUUCAGGUAGCUCUUCCAGUCGUUCUCCAAGUUCUGGAAGUCCCUCUGAGAGACCCUUAAGUCUGCCACCCACAGAGAGAGUCCAGUCCCCUGCACCUCUACCAGAUGAGAGGCGCCGACGAGCUGGUGGCCACUCUCACAACCCAGAACAGGGGACCACUUACAGACCAACCCCAAGGAGCAAGUCACAUGACAUUCUCCGACCAGAUGAGACCUAUUCAAAGAAUGGAGGCUACAAUAACAACAACAACAACCCUAAGUUCCACACUAUAGAGAGAGUUGAUAGACGAGCUGAGCGUGAUGUAGCUCACAGCAGGCCUGAUAGGAUUCACCAGCACCACCUGGUGCAAGAGGCCUCAGCCGGCCAUAGGGUUGUCAACUAUGCUAGAGUUAUCUCCCCUCAGCAGUUUGUUGGCGAAACACAGUCACUAGACCGCUACCAGGAGAAUUUGGAGCGCUUCCCUCGCUACCAGCCUCAGAGGCACUACGCCUACCUGAGAUACAACAACCACAGGUCAGCACGACCUGUCGAGGUGGCCAAGAGCUCUGCUUGUCUGAAGGAGUCAUCUGUGUAGUGUUAUGACUUUUACAUGAGGCUUGAUAAUUAGAUUAUAGCACAGAAGAUUUAGGCUGUCAACAGGUUACUUUGUCAGUUACUAUGUAAAACUGACUUACAUGUAGGUGGGGAAAGAAAAGGCUUAAUUUGACAGAAUGAUAGUUGGCCAGUUUUUGGUCGGUUGUAUAAUCUUUGUGAGUAGAGACAGUUUUGUGGUGCAGAUUUAAUUGUGAUUAUGUUUAAGAUCAUAUGUUAAAGCUGGCUGUCUUAAGAAAUAUUCAGUAUCAGUGGAAUUCUGAAAACUGGGCCAUCAUUUCAAACAGUUCACAAGAAGGAAGUGCUGCUAGUGUUCAUUUGUGUUGGUUUUAUUUUACGUAGUUUUGUAUUUUGUUUUUGAAAGAGGCUGUAAAGUGUCGUAUAAGCGCGUAUGAAAGUACUUUGUACAUUUGUCCAGUGUAACUGAUGUGACAUGACAUGCAUAGUUUGUUUGUGAAAUGUAUUCCUGUCUGGAACUGCAGAUCCAGGAAAAUGAUGUACAUAAAAUAUACCUGUUGUAAAAGUUGAACUGCAGUGUAUUAUUCCAAUUGUGGAAAAAUUAGCAGCUGAGGUAUGCAAGAGCAAAUCAAGAGAAGAUAUGAAAAAAAUGAGAAACCCAUUUAUUGAUACAUAAAAUAUCAUAAAUUGUAUUACUUAAUUUUAAUUUAUCAGAAAAUAUUCAAAAUGAAGAGUACGUUAAUUUUUAUAUUUUAGGUUAUAAGGCACCAUAUUUACCUAUAAUAGCUAUCUGGAGGACUAAACGGGUAACUGGAAUGCCUUCCCUUGUUCUACACUUACAUGCAGAUGCUUCAAAAGCUGUUUUAUUCAGUAGUACAAAGAUUAUGAUCAGUUUUUUUUUUCAGCAGGUUUAGUACCUUUGUAUGAAAUUAUCCAUUGACAUUUCCUGUGGUGCAUGAAGAAGUAAUGUGGAGCAGGAUUGGGAAGUUUUCACGAUCGGAAAGAUUGAAUGAUAGUAUAGGUAUUUGUUAAUAUGAAUCCAUGUACUUAGUUCAUACCUUUAUCUUCCUUUGAUUGUUCUGGGAAUUGGACUUUUAUGGUAAUGUAUUUAUUUCAAUACAACUCACCACUUUAGUGAACAUGGAUAAUAUUUUAUUACCUGGGUGUUCCUCAACUCCAAAGCCUCACAAGAUGAGGCUAAGACGUUGACACUUAUACCUCCCUGAACGAGCUUUAAAUUACAGGUAAUUGCCCAGACCAUGUGGAGUAUGUACAACUUCUGACAAGCAAGGCUUAUGCAACUACAGCACACGGGCUAUGGCCAUUAAGCUAUAUAUAUACAUAUCUGUAUAUGUGAAGCAUACAUGUAAUUCAUUGUACACAUAAGUGUAUAUUUUGUUGAAAUUAAUUGUAGUUUAUGUUAAUGUAUGUUUAAGUAUAUUGCUAUAUAACUAAUUAUAUGUAGGAUAUCACUGUUUUUGGUCAGCAUUCCACUUGUAGUUGUGAUUCAGUAUCCAGGAAUAAGUGCUUUCCAGCCACAUCUUUUAAUACAUUGUACAUGUACCUACAAAAGAAAUUGUAGUAUUUUACUGUUUAUUUAUCUUUUGUUAUUGACACUUACAUACAAGUAAUGUUACCAUCCAUAGUUCAUACAUAUAUCUGUAUUCAUAUUGUCUGUAUAUAUGAUAAUUUUUAUACAAAUUGAAUACAGAAAUCACAAGUUAUCUGUAGCAUGUUUAAUUUUAUUAUAAAGUCUGUUCACUAGUGAAUAGCGUGAAGAUUUAGGUAUAAAUAUUUGAAUCUCUUGUUUAUUGGUUUAAGAGUUUGUUGUUGAAGUAUAUUAUCAUAACAGGUCUGUUGUGGUGGUAUUCAAAAUAAAGUUUUCUGAAGUCCAUAGUUUUCAUUGUGAGGGUGUUUUAAGUUUUCAUCUGACUCAUUCCAGUGUCAGUAGAAAUGCCAGACAUGAUGUUGGAUAUCCCUGUAGAAACACUUCAUUUUAUGAUUUAUGAAUUAUUUAAAGCAAUUACAUUCCUUUUUGAGUUUUGUAGGUAAAUACAUACAUACAUAAAUAUGCAUCAUGCAUCUGAAGUGCUAAUGUUUGUUGUAAUGUUAGGUGAUGCAGCUUGUAUUGUUACAUUACUUGAAGUUGUAUUCUGUGCGUAGGAAAUACAUUUACCUGAUUUAGGUACAUACAUGCUUUGUGUUUGUGGUUACCAUACUGGUACCAUGUAUACUGUGUAGGUACAUUCUAACCACUGAUGUGUAAAUGUGGUUUAUGAUAAUCAUAGAAAGGUUACCAGCAGAUCACAUUUUGUGGUAAAUUUACUUUUCAUGUCUUGCCUAGGCUUCUCUAAAAAGCUGCAGAACCAUUUGUGUGUCACUGAUGAUGUGCACUCUGUAGACACUGAUCUAGUCUUCACAUCAAUCUAUAUGGCUUAUUAUUAACGUGGGCUUAAUUUAUGCAACAUUGUGUGUAAUGAAGUAAUUGCAAAUAGCAUAUAACAUGUGCACGACAUGCAAACUCUGUGUACUCGUGGUCAUUUUGUUAAUGCAAGUUACCAUAUGAGAAAAAUCUACUUCAUAAGACAGGAGUAGUUCAGUAUGUCAUAUCAUUUCAAGAUACUGUGUUGUACAUUCAUUUGUUAUACAUUUUUCGGGGUAACAGUCAACAUUCAUCAUAUAUUAUUUACAUAGAUUGUAACUAUUGUGAUGUUGUUAUCUGUAGUAAAUUGUUUAUCUCCAUGAUCCAAUUGGUCCCAGGUUUUGUGAUGUGUUUGUGAGUGUAAUGUGUCAACCUAGAAUAUAGUAUAGAGGAAUAUGGAGCACAUUUUGUGUAAUGUAAAGUUGUGUUUCUGGAAAUUGUGAGAUACAAGAUCAGCAAGCAUUCCCAUCAUCAGCCUUGCAUGUGUAAUGUUCAUUGAUCAACAGCUUUGCAGAAAGUCAAUGGUUGAUGCCACGUGCUUCACAGAUUUCUCUCUUGAUAAAGAACAUUAAUGCACUCAAGUCGGGUGGCUCAGUUAUAAAGCUCCAUAUCCUUCCCUAUUAUGUCCCAGAGUACACAUGUGUUAGUUGUUACCAUUUCUAUAGACCUGUGACGUCAUAUCUCCGGUACAAGACAGCUGAGUGUCUGUCAGUAGAUCAGAGUGUUAGGCUGGAUGUUUUACAGUUAGGACUUGUCUGUAUCACACAGAUUCAAAGCUUAGUGUAUUUGGUUGAUGCUUUGUGAUAAGUAAUUCUAUUGAAGAUGUAGUUGAAGUGAAGACAUUUGUGUAUUAUGUAUGCAGUGGUUCAUAUUAUACCCUGAAGAGCCCUUGUACCGAUUUGAUGUCUGAAUGUAUGUGAUUUCUAUUGAAUGUAUAUAAAAUUGUAUAUAGUAAGCUUGCAAUGAACACGUAAAAAGGUUGUGCAAUGAAAGCAAUGAGACACAUGUGAUCUGAAAUACAAUAACUAUUUUCCUGAAGUUUGUAAUUUUUGAUGGAUUUGAAUGACUCUUGUGGUACAUAUACAUGUAGUUAUAUAUACAAUGUAUAUCUUUCCAUUUUCAUUUCAUAUGUAAUGAUGGUUUGAUGUUGCAGUGAUAUUGCAGAAUGUCAGAUUCCUUAAUUCCUUAUAUCAGAGCAGUAAAUUUGCCAUUGGUGAAAAACAGUAUUAGUUUAUCUUGAAUCUAUCUUUUGCCAUUCCAGCAAAGACUUCAAAGUGGCUUCAAAUCUAGUUGUUUCAAAUAAGGUAGAUGUUGUACCUAUCCUGUAUGCUUCAUGUAUGCAUCAAAAUCAUAAACAUUAAA